UUCUCUAUUUAAAGGUUGGCAAAAACAUAGAAUGUGCUCUACCAACCCUAGGUGGUUUAUCUAUUCUACCAACCUUGCGCUGUACAACUCUUGCUGAAUUUGUGAUUUACGACUGCAGGUAGAUAGGUUAAGAAGGUAUUUUUUGAUCAUCCAAUAGCUGGUUAUCGGUGAUUUUGCAAUGGCCAAGUUUGAUCUAACUUCCCGUAUGGGUCAGUAUUUGGAUAGACAUUUGAUUUUUCCACUCCUCGAGUUUCUGUCCGCCAAACAGAUAUAUGAUGAAAAUGAAUUACUUCAAGUAAAGUUAGAUAUUCUGAGCAAAACAAAUAUGGUGGAUUAUGCAAUAGACAUUCGGAAGCAGCUAUAUCCAAAUGAGGAAGUUCCAGAGGAUAUGAAAACCCGGCGUCUUAACGUGGUGCACCAGCUGCAAGAUCUGAAUGAAACGUGUGACCCAAUUCUUACACUUAUGACAGAUGAUGAAUUAAUGAAGAAAAUGGAGACCAUGCGAGAUUCUAGAACUCUAAUGAAUUUUCUUCAAGAUGAACUUAAAUGUGAGCCCCAUAUAAUGGAGAGCAUGUACAAGUUGGCAAAAUAUCGCUAUGAGUGUGGAAACUACUCCCUCACCACCAGCUACUUGUACUUCUACAUUCUUGUCAUGCCAACCAGCGACAAGAAUUAUUUAAAUGUGUUGUGGGGAAAACUUGCUUCUGAGAUUCUGUUGCAAAACUGGGACACAGCACUAGAAGACCUGAACAAGCUCCGUGAAUAUAUUGACAACAACUCAUUUGGGUCAGCUCUGCAGAGUUUACAUCAGAGAACAUGGUUUAUUCAUUGGAGUCUAUUUGUGUUCUUCAAUCAUGAGAAAGGGAGGGAUCUUGUUAUUGAGAUGUUUCUCUACAGGCCACAAUACCUGAAUGCAAUCCAGACCAUGUGUCCUCAUAUCUUACGAUAUUUGGCCACUGCUGUUAUCAUCACUCGGUCUAGGCGCAGUGCUCUCAAAGAUUUGGUGAAGGUUAUCCAGCAGGAGUCCUACACUUACAGGGAUCCCAUUACCGAAUUUGUUGAGCAUCUGUAUGUCAAUUUUGACUUUGAUGGCGCUCGCCAGAAACUUCAUGAAUGCCACAUGGUUCUGUACAAUGACUUUUUCCUUAUUGCUGUUUUGGAUGAGUUUGUUGAGAAUGCCAGGCUUAUGAUUUUUGAGACUUUUUGCCGUAUACAUCAGUGCAUCAGCAUUGGAAUGUUAGCAGAGAAACUGAACAUGAAGCCAGAAGAAGCUGAAUGCUGGAUUGUGAAUUUGAUUCGGAAUGCACGUCUUGAUGCCAAGAUCGAUUCCAAACUCGGACAUGUCGUCAUGGGAACACAGCCUUUAUCUCCGUAUCAGCAGCUCAUAGAGAAGAUCGAUUCCCUGUCUGUUCGCUCCGAGGCACUCCAGAACCUCAUUGAAAGGAAACUGAAAGCUCGUACACAAGAUAUACGAUGGGGAGCCCAAGACUUUUAGGAAGGCAAACAUGGAUAAUGAAUACCAUGCACAUACUUGGCUUAAUUAUUUUUAAUGUGUUUUUUUAUAUAUCUACUUUUCAAAACAUAUGUAACAUGGUAGUUGAAGAUAUGGUGGAACCCCCAUUUAAUGUUGCUUGAUUUAAGUUUAUUUCUGUUUAACAUUCAAUUUCAGUGAUCACAAAUUUAUAAUUUCUUCCAUGUAAGACUUUCCUUUGUUUAGUGAUCAAAUUCAUUACUCCUGAAGGAAGCCUUAAAUGAGAACUUCACUGACAAAUCUUAUACCAGUAUCAGAAUUGCUGGUUGUUAAUGAAAUCUACAAUAAAGUUAGCAGCAGUGAA